UGCUUGGGUGCUUGUGAAGCAGCAGCAGCAGCGGCGGCGCAUGCGCCCAGGAGAAAAUCACGGGCGUCGUGCCUCGCCGCAGCGAUUGCAGAUUUUUGAUGUCAGAUUGGAAGGAGUGAGAAGGGGUGAGAGACACCGGAGUCUAACAUACCGAGCCCGGUGGAAGUGAGGAGUGGAAACCCGGAGUGUGUAAGAGGAGAAGAGGCGUGUGUGACUUAAUCCUUUCUUUCCAACUUGAGUCUUACAAGCCUGUCUGCAGAUGCAACCUGUCUGUCAUCCCAUCCGUCCCAGUAAUCCCUGUUUAUUGCAGCGUUUCCUCCAAAGGGACUACAAUGACACCCUGGUGAACACACUCAGGAUGGAGUAAUCAUACAAACACCCAGCGCAGCGCAGGAUGCGCAUCCCCAACCCGACGACGAAGAAGAAGAAGGUAGAGAAACCUGGCUGUUAUUCUGCUUUCGCAUGUCAGAGAUUUUCCGCGGCGCUGUGGAUUGAUCGUUUCCGUCAUCAGCCUCCUGCUGCCGGUGUCGGUGUAUAAUGGAGAGCUCCAAUGGCUCUGGCAGCGACACCAAACCGCAGAACCACCAGUUGGAGAAGAAGCGACUGAACCGAGCGCCUUCACCGGCCAGACCUUUCCUGAAAGACGUGCACACCCGCGGCGCCAAACCACCUGCCAUCAUACCGAAAUCCCCCAAACUAAGCAAGCAGCAGCAGUCUGCCACAGUGCCCUUAGCCCACCUGAACCGCAGCUCCAGACGCACCCCAGCCGGAGCCAAGGAGAAAGCAGCCACGGCAAAAAGUAACACUAAGUCUGCCGUCGCGAAAAAGCCCAGCAAGGUGCCACAGCAUGCUGCAGCUGAGCCCAAACCCGCCAGCAUCAAGCCGGACUGCACCAGCAGUCCGAUCCUCGCCAAAGGCAAGAAGGGAAAACUAGCCUCUGGUUCCCCGGGCCCUCUCAGCCAUGGAUCCCCGAUCCGGGUACCGACCGGAGCGCCUCUCGGCCGAGUCAGCCAGACCGACAGCAGCUCAGACCUGUCAGACUGCCCGUCCGAGCCGCUGUCGGAUGAGCAGAGGCUGGCACCAGCCGCUAGUAGCGACGCCGAGUCUGGUACCGGCUCCAGUGACCGGGAUCAGCUGGGAGCAGAAGCUACCGGAUCCACAGCUGCUGCCCCGCCGCGCACAACCGAGGCUUCCGCCGCCAAGGGAAGCAUGUCUCAGGCUCAGCUCGCUCCGGGCUCGCACGGAGAGAAACACAAGCAGGAGAAACCCUCCGCAAGCGCACAAUCCAAACUGCCAAGCACCAAGCAAGCAACCGAGGAGGACCUGCUACGGGAAAUUGAGGACUUGAGAUCGGAAAACGACUACCUCAAGGAUGAAGUGGACGAGCUGCGGGCUGAGAUGGAGGAGGUGCGAGACAGCUAUCUGGAGGAGGAGGUCUACCAAGUACAGGAGCUGCGGAGGGACCUGGACCGCUCUAAUAAAAACUGCCGAAUCCUGCAAUACCGCCUGCGAAAGGCAGAGCAGAAGAGCCUACGGGUCGCUCAGACCGGACACGUGGACGGAGAGCUGCUGCGUAGUCUGGAGCAGGAUCUGAAGGUGGCCAAAGAUGUAUCGGUACGUUUGCACAACGAGCUGGAGAUCGUGGAGGACAAACGCAGCAGAGCUGAGGACGAGAACGAGCUGCUCAGACAAAAGAUCAUCGAGGUGGAGAUUGCCAAACAGGCACUGGCCAACGAGCUGGAGAGGACCAAAGAGACUGCACUGAGGCGACGAGGUAGCAGGGAAACAUUUAAAGACAAGAAAUCCACAAGUCAGGAGGACAGUGCGGAUCUCAGGUGCCAGCUGCAGUUUGCCAAAGAGGAGUCCAGCCUCAUGAGGAAAAAGAUGGCCAAGCUCGGCCGUGAAAAGGAUGAACUUGAGCAGGAGCUGCAGAAGUACAAAUCAGUUUACGGGGACGUGGACAGUCCCCUUCCCCUCGCGGAGUGCUCUGGCGGUGGCCCUCACACCACUCGAGAAGCUGAGCUACGAUUGCGUCUCAAGCUGGUGGAGGAGGAGGCUAACAUUCUGGGCAGAAAGAUUGUAGAGCUGGAGGUGGAGAACCGCAGCUUAAGAGCGGAGAACGAAGACAUUCGCUGUCAGUAUGAAAGAGACUGCUUUGGGCGCGAGCCUUUCUCCAGCAUGCCCUCGUCUCCAUAUGGCGGCGAUGCGCUGGAGUCGGCCAGUGAGCUUCGUCGCCAUCUCCAGUUUGUCGAGGAGGAGGCUGAGCUGUUGCGCCGCUCCAUCUCAGAGAUUGAGGACCACAAUAGGCAGCUUACGUCUGAACUCAAUCGCUUCAAAUUUGGUCCAAGCAGCACCUCUGGGGCCGUUGGCGAAGAAGGCAGUGAGGGGGUACUGUUUAAACCUGGGAACGGGGGCACGGGUAAUGGCUCCACUAGUGGGAUGUUGAUGGAGGAGCUUAAAUCAGCCAGGAUGCAGAUCAACGAGCUGAGCGGAAAGGUGAUGAAGCUGCAAUAUGAGAACCGUGUCCUCAUGUCUAAUGUCCAGCGCUGUGACCUGGCUGCACACCUGGGCCUGCGAACCGGCAGCCCUCGAGACAGCGAUGCGGAAAGUGAUGCGGGCCGGCGAGAAGCCGCAGAGGAUGAGGAAGCAGGGCGACUUCUCCUCCUCCAACCCAAGAGAGAAGGUCCUAUUGGAGGUGAGAGUGACUCUGAAGAUCUGUUUGAGAAAACAGCAACCACCUCGGGGUUUGGAAGCAUCAAACCAUCAGAUGGCAGCGAGCUCAGUGCCACUGAACUGGCCAAUCGUAGAAGGGAAGAGCGGGAGUCAUUCGCUAAUGUGAAGCGAGAGGCAGAAAGGCUCGGGAAGACAGUGGACCGUUUGAUCACGGACACUGACAGCCUGAUCUUUGAGGGCAGGCUCCUGGUGACGACAGGAGAGAGCCUCGAAGGCGGGGCAGCCUCAGGAUCCAAACCAGACACUCAAGUCCUGGACACCAUUAACACCCGCAUGAAGGCUUUCCGCACAGAGCUGCACAUCUUUAUGGAGAAGCUGGACCACAUAGGGGAGGGGCUGAGAGAACGGACAGAUGAUCUGUCACCCAUGCCAAACCUCACAGAGUCCAGCAGCUUCCUGUCCACCGUCACCUCCAUGUCUCGUGACUCUCCCAUUGGCACCUUUGGCAGAGACCUGGUGACCGACUUCCAGUCCGGUCAGAGGGAUGAGCUGGAGUGGCGUCUAGGACAGGAGCGAGGCGUGGAGCCCCAGAGCCAGAGCCAGGGUGGGGGCCAGGCCCAGAGCAGGGGAGCCACUGGACUCACUAGGUACCACAGGCCCCUGGCUUUAAAAGUAGAGCUCCGGGACACGCCUGCUUCUGACAUCCAGUUUCGUCUGGAUCACGAGCGAAGGAUGAGGGCGGCAACGGAGGAACGGGAGGCCGUCGCUUCUCUGCCUCAGGGUUUUUUGCAGCAGGAUGAUGAGCGUUUACGUAUGGAGGCCCAGCGUGAGGGUCUGGAGCUGCAGGGCCUUCAGACUCAUGAGGUGCCCUGGGCUCAGGAGAGAGCCAUGCUGCAGCAAGAGGUCCGCCUCUUUAGACGCAACAUCAUCAUCAUCUACAUGAAGCUCAGGUGGAUCCUUAUGCACUGGAAGCUCGGACGCAAAGAAGACUCUGGAGACGACUCGGUGCACCCAGAGUUUGAGAAGUUGGAGGGCUUCCCAGAGUUGGGAGUGAUCAUGGAGCAGGCGGAGGGGGAGUCAGACCGAGACGACAGAAUGUGUUUACCACAGACUCCAGGGGACGUCCCCGACACCACACCCAUGAUCCCUCUGCCGUCACCUGACCGUCACCUGCAGCACCAAAGACAGUUCGGCGAGACGCGUCGAGUGCUGCAGGUCUUGCGGACGCUGCUGGAGGAGUUUCGAGAGGAGCUGCGGGAGGAGGAGGCGCGGCGAUGCCAACUGCAGCAAUCCUACGCCAAUGACAAAGCCGCCUGGGAGGUCAAGUGGGCAGAGAUGAAGUGCCAUGUCGCCCAGCUGGAGGAGGAGGCGCGAGGUAAGGUGCGAGGUGAAGCGCAGGGAGGCGAGGAGGAGCCAGCUGCAGACCCCGAGUGGGCCCUGAAGCUGGAGCGUGAGGAGCAUCAUCGUCUGCUUGCCGAGAGCCACAGCACGUCAUUGGACCUGCGCUGGAAGCUGCAGCACGGAGAGAAGAGGUGGAACCGGGAGAGGGUUGAUCUCCUGGAGCGCUUCGAGAGGGAGCGGCAGGAGUGGGACAGCAGUAUGCGGGAGCUCCACCGGAAGAUGGAGAGGAUGCAGAGGGAACUUAACUCUCGGCGAGGCGAGGGCUCUGACGUUAAAGAUGGCAGCACAUCCUACAGAGGCAUGUUUUCACCUCAGGACAGUCCCUGCCAGGCUCCCCGGUCGCCUCACCCCCCCGCUCCCCUGUACAGCUACACCUGUCCUGAUGCCCCCCACACGUCCCACUCUGACUCCGAGGCCAUUCUGGAGGAGCAGGGGGCUACGAUGGGGCUCAAAGGCUCAGCGGACAACCUGUUCCUGGACGCACUGUCUCUGGACCCCAUGAGUGGACCGGAGGUCCCUCCACCCUCCAGACUGGAGAGUGAGAAGAGGUUUCCCUGCAUGAAGGAGGCCCUAAAUGAGAUUUCAGAGAGAGAAGAUGCUGCUGCUUACUCAGAAGACAAGAUGAGGGAGGGUGGGAGUCUGCUCAGAGCCAAGUCAGUGUGCUCCAUGAGCGACUUCCAGCGGUUAAUGGACAGCUCACCGUUCCUCCCUGACAAGACGCGUCAUGGCGAUCAGGGCCAAGAUGACGUCACCCCGCCUCUGUCUCCAGAUGAUCUCAAGUACAUCGAGGAGUUCAACAAUAAGGGCUGGGACUUCCCAUCAGCCACCUCUGGUCCGGGAUUGUUGCGGGAAGUGUGGACAGACAAAUCAACAGAGGCCCGGGAGGGAGAGACUGUUCCUGAUCCAUUCCAGCCCGCUUCCUGGUUCCUCACCACCAGCGCCACCCUGACUACCAGCACCCUGAGCAGCCCUGAGCACUGCCACAAGUCCCCGCUGAAAGGCAAUGGAGCAGGGGCAGCAGGGGUGGGAGUGGAGCACUACGGGGUGCACAUCCUCCACAGCCCCACCAGACCCGGGGCAGCUGAGCGCACCACUGCCCAGGAUCCGGAUUUCCUGUAUGCAAAGGGGACCAAAGCAAGGGGAGGAGUGGAGGCUGGGGUGGGUGCCAGUGGGCCGGAUGAAGUGUUCAGCAGUGCAAGGUGGCCUUGCCUUCUGGAGGGUGGGGGAUUAAGGACUUCUCCUAGUCAGUCUCCUAUCUGCCCCACAGUGGGCUACGCAUCCUCUCUGGAUCUUCAGCUCUCCAGAAACAUGAGUGAUGACAUGAAGGAGGUGGCCAUCUCUGUGAGGAACGCCAUCCGCUCUCCACCGGGGCCUGUUGUCCGGGACACCGCUUGCCAGACCAACGGAUUCACCACAAGAGGGACUCAGACCACCCAAACCAUCAGCGUGGGUCUGCAGACAGACCUGCUGAGGAACCUGACCAGCAGCCCCCACCGCUGCCUCACCCCGAAAGGUGGCAACACGCCCAUCUCGUCCCCAUCACGCAACACAAGGAAAGUUCAGUACUCUCCUGUGGUCCAGAGCAAGUUUGAGCGACCCUGCUGCUCCCCAAAGUACGGCUCACCGAAACUUCAGCGCAAACCAUCCACGUCCAGUAAAACCGAGCUACCCAAUAACAGCCGCGCCCCCAUGCCCACAACGCCCCAGAAAGGGAACAACGAGUCGGCGUGGGCCCGCUCCACCACCACUCGCGACAGCCCUGUGCACACCACCAUCAACGACGGGCUGUCCAGCCUCUUCAACAUAAUCGACCACACCCCUGUGGUCUAUGACACCAUGCAGAAAUUUAAUAAGUCCCCAAGUCGCUCCCGCCCCACGCCACCCUCCACCACCGAGCCAAGCCCCGCUCACGGGCCUCUGUCCGGAGACCCCAGGAACGCGCAGGAAUGCCUGCGGACUGCUCGCGGGCGCUCACCAAGCCCUGUGCAGCUAAUAGUGGAGACGCAGGGCGACAAGAACCCAGAGGUGGUGAGCAUACGGCAGGACCUAUCGGCCCCACCGGGCUACACGCUGGCUGAAAACGCAGCCCGCAUCCUCAACAAGAAGCUGCAGGAGCAGAACUUUAGGGAGGAGAGGAGGCUGCAGGCGGGAGGACCGAGCAGCCACAGCAGAGACAACAGCAGGCAGGCCGAGUCAGACAGAGGACAGUCAGGAUGCAUGGAGGACCUGCCUCGCUCUCCGGUGGCUCCGCCUCUGGAUUCCUGCUUCCUGAGACCGGCGCGCCCGGCCAACCGCCGACCUCCCUCGCGCUGGGCCGCACGCUCCCCUCCUCGUCCCCAAAGUGGAGCGAGGGCUCGAAGAGGAGGUUCACCUUCCCGCCGCCGGGACACCGGAAGACCAUCCUGGAGGGUGAGGAGCCGCCGUGAAGCCGUCCUCUACCUCCACCUCUGCCUAAACAGACCCAGUACCUCAGAACCCCCCCCAAACAUAUGGACUCCCUCUAGAGGAGCCUGAGGGGGGGGUUGGGAUCCAACCAGUAGCACCAGCUGACCAUCGAGGAACCAGAACCUCUUUUUUUUUUUUUUUUUAAGAGGAACCUGGAAUGUACUGUAUUUAAAGACAACCUAUACAGAAAAAUAAGUUUCCAUAAGAGGUGCCUGUAUACUUGAGUUAACCAUCACCCACGUGCGUGUAGGUGUGUGUGUGUGUGUGUGUGUGUGUGUGUGUGUGUGUGUGUGUGUAUCUGAACCUAUUUUUCAGGUAAAAACUCCUCCUGUGUUUACAUUUUUAUUUUUCUUCAUCGCUGUCCCAUAAACAUUCAUGCAAACUUUUUUUUAAAUCCUUUUUUGUUUCUUUUUGUUUUGCCAGCCUUUAAAGCUUCACUUUACUUUUCUGUUUACGUUCAAGGAGAGGAAAGACAACAAAAACAAGGAAGCAAACAAACAAACAAACAAACAAAAAAACAACUUCUGCUUCACCGGGUCUGAAGCGGAGACACAUGAUGUCAUUUCUGAUGCUCGUGUCCGUCUUUAUUUUUACGUUGAGAUGAAUGUUUGACUCUGUAGACAUGUAGAAGAUGGGUGACAACAAACGUAAUAACCUUAUGCAUAUUUGGAAGGCAGUUGUACAAAUAUGGGUCAAAUAUUUGCAUGCCUUUUGAAUACUAGCACUUUAGUGCAUGUACAUAAAGAGCUAUAGUCAUUUGUGAUUGCUCAGCUCAGCUGUUUGGGGGAGGGGAUUGUUUUGUUGUCACAUAAUUUGCAUUGAUGAAAAUAAGAUGUUUUUAAGUAAAUUAUUGUACUUAUCAGGCUGGCUUUGUACAGUUGUUACUAUUGGAUAUGAAAAACCUUUUCUUUUGACAAGAAAAAGGGAUUGUGGAAAACAUGAAUGUUUUAAAUGAAAAGUCUAUGUCAAAAAAAAGUCUUAACGAGCUAUAGUCCUAUGUAAAUAGUAAAUGGUAAUAAAUAUGAAUGUGUAUUUCCAA